CUCUAAACUCACCCUUCAAAGUUUCAACGUGGAGAUUGUCCUGAAAAGUGGUGGUGCGCGUUCACAGACAGUUCAUUGUUUCUCAGAGUCAGAGUCAGGGAGACGCUGCGUUUCUAUCCCAAUGUCAUGAUGGCCGACUCUGGUAGAGACGGGGCAAGCAACGAGGAAGACAUCCUGACUUUGUUCGAAGGCUUUCGUGGUGAAUUGGAGGCCAGCAAUGCUGUCCGUGAGGAGAUCAAAGCGGUCAGUCAGAGCAUGGAUGCCGAGACCCGCAAGAUGCAGGCGGCACUGAUGGGGAUUCAUGCGGGGACGGAUGAAGCAGUGGCAAGUGCGGUUGCGAAAGUCCGCGAGCACCUAGAGCCCCUGCGCACCCUGAAUGCUCAACUGGCGGCGAUCAUGAAGCAGCACCCAGGGCAGUACUACAGGUAUCAUGACAUCUGGCGGCACGUCCACACCAGCUGUGCUUUUCUAGUGGCGUUUGUGCACUGGCUGGAACACGGGACGCUGCUGACGCACGCACAAGUGGAGUCCGAGCUUCAAUUGCGGCAUGAGGAGUUCGGGAUAGACCUGGAGGACUACCUCGUGGGGGUAUGCAGCGUCUCCAAUGAAAUGCCCCGCUACGUGGUCAACCGGGUCACAGCUGGCGACUAUGACUGUCCGGCCAAGGUGGCGUCUUUUCUUAGCGACCUAUACGCAGCCUUUAGGCUGCUAAACCUGCGAAAUGACUUCCUCCGGAAAAGAUUCGACGGCCUCAAGUAUGAUUUGAAGCGAGUCGAGGAGGUGCUAUACGACGUCAAAAUACGAGGGCUGCAGUCUCGAAGUCAGCCCGGAUGAUUGUCGUCCUUGUGUAGAUAGAGAGGACGUUAGUGCGGAGUGGAAAGGGAAAGAGGACGGACCAUCAUGACACUGAUACCCUCGUGCGCGCACCUUUUCACAGCGCAAGUAUUAGUCAGCCGGCAUAAGCAGCUGGUGAUAGUCCAACAUGUGGCAAAGUCACAUACACGCAUGUUUAGAAACGACCUCCUAGCUACACAAAGCCUGCAGGAGAUUUGGACAACAUGACUAGGACUCACGUAACGAAUGAUACAGCUUGAUUUAGCUAUUCAUACUUGCAUCCAGAUUGGUCUCAUGCACAGUCCGAUCCGCGUGGCGCCGCGCUGG